AUGAGCAAUUUGAGUAAAGCCAUAUUAAAUGGAGAUUUUGAUGAAUCUUCAUCAUCUGAUGAUGAUAUCAUCAUGAUGCAACUAUUCACAGCGCAACAACAAAGAUUACAGAUCUUAAGUCUAAACCAACAAACCAGAUGUGUUGGUUCCACAAGUGGUCGUCGAUACAUUAAUCGUGAGAGGGUCAAAGGUGACGAACAAAUUUAUAGAGAUUAUUUUGCAGAUAAUCCUGUCUAUCCAAAAGAAUACUUCCGAAGACGUUUUCGAAUGAGGCGGUCAUUAUCAAUUGUUGCUACCUAUGAAGCCGUUUACUUAAGAUCUCCAAAUGAAGCAGAUGUCGCCAGAUUAUUGCAAGAGGGAGAGCAACGCGGGUUUUUUGAAAUGUUAGGGAGUUUGGAUUGUAUGCACUGGAGUUGGGAUAAAUGUCCAAGUGCCCAAGCCGGUGCUUACACUAGACACUAUCACAAACCAACAAUUGUACUCGACGCAGUUGCCUCCUAUGACUUGUGGAUUUGGUAUGCUUUCUUUGGCAUGCCUGGCUCUCUAAAUGAUAUUACUGUUCUUGACAGGUCGCCUUUAUUUGCUGAAUUAACUAGAGGACGUGUCCUUGCUGCCAACUACACCAUUAAUAAUCACGCAUACACCAUGGGGUAUUAUCUUGCGGAUGGUAUCUAUCUUCAUUGGGCAACGAUUGUGAAAACAAUAUCUCAACCUCAAGACGCAAAGAGACAACUAUUUGCGAGGAUGCAGGAGGCAUGUCGGAAAGAUGUCGAAAGGGCAUUUGGAAUGCUCCAAGCACGAUUUAAUAUUGUCAGCGUGCCAGCUAAAGGUUGGAGUGAUGAGGAUCUGUACUAUAUCAUGAAGACGUGCAUUAUUUUGCACAACGUGAUCAUUGAAGACGAGCGUGAUAUUCCAGAAAAUGAACGCAGUGCAGCACAGCUUGAGACUGAUACCAGUAAUUUGGGCUGUCAAGUGUCACGCGAUCCGAAUGAGGAGUAUGCUCAAUUUAUGUUGAAUCGGCAAAGGAUUAGAUCUAUUGAAGCCCAUAAUGUAAUUCGUAAUGAUCUAAUUGAACACUUGUGGUCCCGAGCUGGAGAAUUUCCUACCCAUCGGCCUUUUACCCCUCGUAGAGACACUGCCCUCACCAACAGUUGGAUUGUUACCAACACUUGGAUUGGUGUUAUCUUCAAGAGAAAUGCAAUUAUCCAUCGGGAAUCAGAGCUGAAUCAGGGGAAAAUGGUUAUGAAUUUGAUGAAUUUGCUGAAUAUUGAUGAAUUCUGGAAUAUUGAUGAAUAUUGA